AUGGCACUGGAAGAAGAGGAUGACUUCCUCUUAGAUCUCCUGACCUAUGUGUGCCCCGUUAGUGGCAAAAAACGCACUGCUGGCAACUUUGACGUGAACCUGCCACACCCAAAAGUCCCAUGCUCCCAUGUUGUUGAGAUGGCGAAGGCGCAGGUGGAAAGCAAUCCACACGCAAGCCCUGCGUUGAAAGAGUUUGCACGCAUCCGGCCUGAAGAUGCUGAGACGGCAUGCCAUGAGGUGUUGACCAAAUAUGGUUUUAGUGUGCCCAUUCCAGUUGAGACUUUGAACAUUGGACCUGGUCAAUUGAAGGCCUGCCCUUUCGUUCGUCCUAGUGCAUGGGCGACGUACUUACUCAACAAAGGCAUUUUGCCGAGGCAGUUAGUGGGGGUGGCAGAUCGUGCACAAAUGGAGGAAACUUUGAGGGAACAUUGGAAACGGUACCAGGUCCUCUUUCCAAACCAUCCGAUCUUCCGGCUAGCGCUGGAGGGGACUGUGCAGCUUCAGCGCUGCGUUCCAAUUCUGUCGCAUAGCGACGAAGGCAGAUCGACGAAGCACCUACCGCUGUUCGUCAUGAGUUUCCACGGAGCUUUGGGGCGGGGCACGCAGUUGUAUGUGCAGAAGCAAAAGCCGCUCAUUUUGGCAUGUUGCGAGGGCUGCGACAUCCCGCAAGCCUUGUGA